AUAAAAAUACCUCUUAUCUACGAACACACAAUAGAUAAAUCAUUAUUAUGCCCGCUCUACCAACACCUGCAGGAACACUAUCCAAAUUGCCAAUAGAAAUCACAGAUUACGUCUUGCAAUUGCUGGAAGACAAUGAUCUCGUCCGUGUUGGGCGGGUUAACUCAUGGUACCGUAACAUGGUGGCUCCCAUUUUGACCGAACGAAUUACACAUCAAGUAGAGCAUGACGGCUGGCGAAUCUAUGUCAACGCAGUGAGUCAAUUAGUUGUACCCGAGGAAGAAGAGGAGGAGGAGGAGGACCAAGUGCAAGAAGAACAAACAACAGCCUCAGAUAAAAGCAGUAGUAGUGCUAGCAUCUCUGCUGCUACUACUGAUACACUAGAACCAUUAUCUGAAGUCUGGCUUGACCAAGAAGCCAAGCUUCUAGGCGAGCUGCGAUCGAUUAAUAGCGAAACGUUGACUCUGGACUUUGAUGCUAUGCCAUUGGACGAAGAGCACGGGUUCCGUUCAUUAAUGACGAGCAACAAUGAUGACGAUACUGUUACUAGCAACAGCAACAACAACAGAGACAAUGACGAUCUUAUAUCUAUUGCUUCGCAGCUACCAUUCGAGAAAUAUGCUGGCUUUUGUUCAUCGUGCUGGUUUUGA